CGAGCUUCAGCUUCGGUGUGUUUUCGGGCUGGCUGUUCUUUGUCCUCCAUUAGAGCUCGGAUUCCCAGGCCCAUCGUACGGCGCAGGCCCGAAGUAGCGCAGCCGCUCUGAGUUAGUGUUUGAGGCUAGCACCACGCCAUGGAGGACCACAACGUUCACCAGACUGAACACAUGACCACCAUCGAGGAGCACGCCGUGCAGCAGGUACAUGUGGCCACGUACACAGAUCACAGCAUGCUGAGCGCCGACGAGGACUCUCCCUCAUCCCCUGACGACGACGCCUAUGAUGACUCCGACAUCCUUCACUCGGCCGGCAAUGACCAGAUGACCGCGCACCUGGCAGCUGCAGGCCCAGUAGGUAUGGCUGCAGCUGCUGCCGUAGCAACAGGCAAGAAACGCAAGAGGCCCCACAUCUUCGAGUCCAACCCGUCCAUCCGCAAGAGACAACAGACACGCCUUCUGAGGAAACUGCGAGCCACCCUGGAUGAGUACACCACCAGAGUUGGCCAACAGGCCAUAGUUCUGUGCAUCUCUCCCUCCAAGCCCAACGCUUUGUUCAAGGUGUUUGGUGCUGCGCCGCUGGAGAAUGUGGUGAGGAAGUACAAGGGCAUGAUCCUGGAGGACCUGGAGAACGCCCUGGCCGAGCACGCACCCCCCGGGGGGGAACUAACCUCCGAGCUGCCCCCCCUCACCAUUGAUGGCAUCCCUGUCUCUGUGGACAAGAUGACACAGGCCCAGCUGCGAGCGUUCAUCCCAGAGAUGUUGAAGUAUUCGACGGGCAGGGGCAAGCCUGGCUGGGGCAAGGAGAGCUGCAAGCCCAUCUGGUGGCCAGAGGACAUCCCCUGGGCCAACGUGUAAAAUGUUUUUCAGCAGCGUCCAGAGGACCAGAGGGUGUCGUGGACGCAGGCGCUGCGGACCAUCGUGAAGAACUGCUACAAGCAGCAUGGACGCGAGGACCUGCUGUACGCCUUUGAGGACCAGGUGCCACAGCACACGGCCAUGACGACAGCCACCCACAGCAUCACCCACCUGGUGCCCUCACAGACCGUGGUGCAGACCAUCAGCAACCCCGACGGCACCGUCUCCCUCAUACAGGUGGGCACAGGGCAGACGGUGGCCACUCUGGCCGAUGCCUCAGAGCUGCCAGGAACAGUGACCGUGGCCCAGGUCAACUACACUGUGAACGAUGGAGAGGUUGAGCAGAACUGGGCGACUCUGCAGGGUGGGGAGAUGACCAUACAGACCACACAGUCGUCCGAGGCCAAUCAGGCGGUCGCGUCCCUCGCUGAGGCCGCUGUCGCCGCCUCCCAGGAGAUGCAGCAGGGAGCUACCGUCACCAUGGCACUUAACGGUGAGGCUGCGGCCCAUGCAGUGGCGACGCUGGCUGAGGCCACCCUACAGGGAGGAGGUCAAAUCGUUCUGGCCGGGGAAACGGCGGCUGCUGUAGGAGCACUGACUGGAGUGCAAGAUGGCAGCGGCCUGGUGCAGAUCCCAGUCAGCAUGUACCAGACGGUGGUUACCAGCCUAGCCCAGGGGAACCGGCCCGUACAAGUGGCCAUGGCGCCUGUGGCCACACGCAUCGACAACACGGUCACACUGGACGGCCAGGCGGUAGAGGUAGUGACUCUGGAGCAGUGACACUGAAUCCUCCCUUGGCAGGUGUGUUCCACUGGAACAAAGUCCCAAAAUGGCCGCCGCCGGGAGCUGAGGGAGGGAUAGUCCGUUUUCACCAUAGAGAUAGAUAGAGGGCUCAUCUUUGUAUCUGUGCCAUUAUAGCAUCUGACAGCAUGGGCAGUGCCAUUGAGGCCAUCUCCAUUUUUGAAUUAGUCCGUUUUCCUCUUCACGAUUGACUGAUACCUCCUGAUAACUCGGUUUGACAUUACUCCGUCAGUGGAGGAUCAGCCCAUGAAGUUGGAAGUCCCCCCCCAGUUGACUACAUUAAAAUGGUGGAAGCCCUAAAUGGCACUGCCCAUGCUAAUACAGCCUUUUGGCCAGUAGAGGCCUCUAUCAUUCUCUAUGGUUUCCACAUGCUGUGCUCUGUACAAUGUAAAAAUAUAUAUUUUUAAUGUACAUCUGCAGGGGAAUAUAAAGUGACGGAUUUAUCAAUGCAUUGUUUACUAUGUGUGUGUGUGUAUAUAGUAGAAGAUGUGUUUUUUUGUUUGAAUGUCCUUUUUUAGCUUUGAUGUUGAGCAUUGUGUGACAUGGGUUAGAGAGUAUUUAGUAUUUAUUUCUGCACACCUUAACAUUUACUUAAAGAAUAACCAAAAAGCCAAGGGGGACGCCACCAAUUCACCUUUAAUUCUGAACCUAUAUCACAGUCCCAUUAAUGACGUUUUGGUACUAUGUCUAUGUGAGUGUUAUUCCAUGUUUGUUAUAGAAUGCGGUCACAAUCACUCUCUGCUCUGUUGUCAUGGACUUCAUAUGCAAUCAGGUUGUGCCGAAACCCAGGAACCUUUCCACUAAUUCCACCCCCUACUAUAUUAGUCCAUGUUCUUCUUGUACCCUGGAUGUCUACGAAGCAUCCCAAUUAUCAACUGUCCCCUGUAAGAACCUUCACUGCCUAGAAUGAUUCCAAUGAAACAUUACUUCUGAAAUAUGUUACCUGUUGUUGUGUGGUUUAUUGUACUGUAGUCCACUCCACACACACACUGGGAUUUGUGAAGACUCAGGAUUUACUAGUACAGUAUUUUUCUGUGCUGGAUAUUUGAUGACCUGUCUAGGCAGCCAUUUUGACUCCAGAGAAUAUCACAACUGGUGUCUCCAAUACAUGAGUAGCUGUCCCUUGAGUCUUUUUUUAUUUUUUUAAACAAAAACGCUCCUUUUGAUGUCAGUGGUAGGAACGUAUUCUAAAUCAUUUUAUAAAUUGAGGGGGGCCGUACUGUAUACUACAGAGCAUUCAAUGACUUUUGUAUUUGUACAGAAUACGUGUGCAUUUGUCUGGUCUGAUAUGAUGGUAUGAAUAAAUUCAGCUCACUACAGAGAAUCCUCUCUGUAGAAUGAAUGAUUUAGGAAAUACAUUAGGUGACUGAAUUACAGCAAGCAUGCAGUCCAUGUGAUCGCCCAAUAAAGUGACUACUGUUCACCGGU